CUUCAAGGAAAAUGAACCCCACGUUGGGCCUGGCCACUUUUCUGGCUGUUCUCCUCACCGUGAAAGGUCUUCUGGAGCCAAGCUUCUCACCAAGGAAUUAUAAAGCUUUGAGCCAGGCCCAAGGGUGGAAGGAAAGGAAGGCAGCCAAGGAGCUUACAAGGCAGAACAUGGAUUUUGGCUUUAAGCUUCUCAAGAAGCUGGCCUCCAACAACCCUGGCAGGAACAUCAUGCUAUCCCCCUUAAGCAUCUCUACAGCUUUCUCCUUGCUGUGCCUGGGUGCCCAGGACAGCUCCCUGGACGAGAUCAAGCAGGGGUUCAACUUCAGAAAGAUCCCAGAAAAAGAUCUUCAUGAGGGCUUCCAUUACAUCAUCCAUGAGCUGAACCAGAAGACCCAGGACCUCAAAGUGAGCAUCGGGAACACGCUGUUCAUUGACCGGAGGCUGCAGCCCCAGCGUAAGUUUGUGGAAGAUGCCGAGAACUUUUAUGGUGCAGAAACCAUCCUUACCGACUUUCAUAAUUUGAAAAUUACUCAGAAGCAGAUCAAUGACUUUAUCAGUAAUAAAACCCAUGGGAAAAUUAACAACCUGAUCGAGAAUAUAGACCCUGGCACCGUGAUGCUUCUUACAAAUUAUAUUUUCUUCCGAGCCAGGUGGCAACAUGAGUUUGAUCCAAAUGUAACUAAAGAGGAAGAUUUCUUUUUGGACAAAACCAGUUCAGUCAAGGUGCCCAUGAUGUUCCGUAGUGGCAUGUACCAAGUUGGCUAUGAUGAUAAGCUCUCUUGCACCAUCCUGGAAAUACCGUACCAGAAAAAUAUCACAGCCAUCUUCCUCCUUCCUGAUGAGGGCAAGCUGAAGCACUUGGAGAAGGGCUUGCAGGUGGACACUUUCUCCAGAUGGAAAACGUUACUGUCACGCAGGGUCGUAGAUGUGUCUGUGCCCAGACUCCACAUGACAGGCACCUUCGACCUGAAGAAGACUCUCUCGUACAUGGGUAUCUCCAAAAUCUUUGAGGAGCAUGGUGAUCUCACCAAGAUCGCCCCUUAUCGCAACCUGAAAGUCGGCGAGGCUGUGCACAAGGCUGAGCUGAAGAUGGAUGAGAGGGGUACGGAGGGGGCCGCUGGCACUGGAGCACAGACUCUGCCCAUGGAGACACCACUCGCCGUCAAGAUAGACAAACCCUAUCUGCUGCUGAUUUACAGCGAGAAAAUACCUUCCGUGCUCUUCCUGGGAAAGAUUGUUAACCCUAUUGGAAAAUAAAGGAGAAUUCCUGCUUGCCACAGACCC